AUGGCAUCGGCCUUGCUUGCCCCGGUGCAGAGGUACCAGGGAGUCCAGAAGGAGUCGGCGGGGUACAAGCUGCUCUCCUCCAUGGGUUGGAAAGAGGGCGACGGCCUGGGGGCUACGGGGCAGGGCAUCAAGGAACACAUCCGAGUAAAGAAGAAGUUUGAGAACUGGGGCGUCGGCGCGGUGGAAAGCGCGGACAGGGCGCGUGACUGGAGCGCGGGCAUGCUGGACUUCCACCGGGUGCUGAGUAACCUGUCGGAGGUCACCUCCCAGCACGCGACCUCUGGCGACAGCAGCGACGGCAGCGGCAGCGAGAGCGAUGCGGAGGAGGCCCCGGCCGCCGAGGCGACGCCCGCGCCCGCGAAACCCGCCCCACCCAAGCCCGCCCCACCCAAGCCCGCCCCCAAGUCCGUCUCGCAUCAGGGACGGUUCAAGCGGCGGGAGUCGGCCAAGGACGUCCGGCAGUACACCUCUGGCAGCCUGCAGGCCAUCCUCGGGGGGGUGGACCCCUUUGCGGCGCUGGCGGCCGCGCAGGCGCGGCCCGAGGUCGAGUGGCCCUCGGCCGCGCGGAGCGCAGACGCUGCGCCCGCUCCCCAGGUCUCACGGCCAGACGCCAGCGCACGGCCCCGCCCGGCAGCCCCGCCCACCCCUGCGCUCCCCCGCACCGACCCCGGCGCGUGGUGGGCGGGCUACUUUGAGCGGUCGGGGCGGCUGGGCAGCGCCGCGCGGCGCGCGAGCCCCCGCCCGGGCGCCAUCGCCGUGCACAACUUCAGCGAGGGGGACCAGGAGGCGCUGUUCACGCGCACACACGACGGCGCGACGCAGGGGCGGGUGGGACUGGGCCGUGCCGGCGCUCCCAAGAAGGUGGCGGGGACGCGCUGGGCGGGGACCAAGACCCGGCUGGACAGCGAGGACGAGGGGGAGGAGGAGGCUGAGCUGGCGCUGGAAGGGGAGGCUGAGGAGGAGCUGCAGGGCGUGACCAUCGUCAUGCCGCCUGGACGGCGGCCAGCGGAUCCGACCGGCGGCACGGGAGAGGGGCGAGGGGGCCCCGCGGCAGCGCGGAAUCCCUCGACGCCGACGGACGCACACCCUGCGCCGCGCCAGGCCGACGGCAGGCCGCCCGUGGCCCCGCGUACGGUCAAGUGGAAGAAGCUGACGCUGCAGGUGCUGCAGGGGUGCGGCAAGCCCAGCAUGCGGCUGAGCAAGCUGGUCAAGGCGGUGGCAGCGGCGGCGGGGGUGGAUUGCAAGGGCGCCGACGUGGCCGCAGCCGUGGCCGGCGCGAUCGCAGGUUCCAGGCGACUCUGUCAGGGGAGCGACGGGCGCGUGAGCUUGGGUUGA